AGACGGCGGAAACGUUUGGGAGCAGCAGCGAUGGAGAAAUAUGAGAAAAUCAAAGUUGUCGGAAGAGGAGCUUUUGGGAUCGUUCACCUGUGCCGCAGGCGCAGUGACGGGGCCUUUGUCAUCCUGAAGGAGAUCCCAGUGGAGCAGAUGUCAAGAGACGAGCGCCUGGCGGCUCAGAACGAGUGUCAGGUCCUGAAACUGCUCAACCAUCCGAAUAUCAUAGAGUAUUAUGAGAACUUCCUUGAAGACAAGGCCCUUAUGAUAGCUAUGGAGUAUGCACCAGGUGGAACUUUGGCUGAUUACAUACAGAAGCGUUGCAACUCUCUGCUGGACGAGGACACCAUCCUUCACUUCUUUGUACAGAUCUUACUUGCAUUGUACCACGUUCACAACAAACUGAUCUUGCACAGAGACCUUAAGACACAGAAUAUUCUUCUUGACAAGCACCAGAUGAUCGUCAAAAUUGGUGACUUUGGAAUCUCCAAAAUCCUUGUCAGCAAGAGCAAAGCCUACACGGUGGUUGGGACACCGUGCUACAUCUCUCCAGAGCUGUGUGAGGGAAAGCCAUAUAACCAGAAGAGUGACAUCUGGGCUUUGGGCUGUGUGCUCUAUGAGCUAGCGAGCCUUAAGAGAGCCUUCGAGGCUGCUAAUCUACCUGCCCUCGUUCUGAAGAUCAUGAGCGGAACAUUUGCUCCAAUUUCAGACCGGUACAGCCCCGAACUCAGACAGCUCAUCCUCAACAUGCUCAAUCUGGAUCCAUCCAAACGGCCACAACUUAAUGAAAUAAUGGCUCUUCCCAUAUGCAUCAGGCCUCUUCUUAAUCUCUACACAGAUAUAGGCAAUGUCAAAAUGCGCAGGAUUGAGAAACCACUGUCUACUGUACAAACUGGUCCUCAAGGUAGACCAGGUGGGAGAGUUCCUACCAACAGGUCCAGAGAUGGAUCAGUGGGUCAAGGAUCAGGGAAGGUGCAUUCCCUCCCGCUGUCCUCAGUUUACACAUGGGGAAGUGGAAUCUCAGCACCUCUCCGCCUGCCAAUGCUCAACACCGAGGUGCUGCAAGUGUCUCUUGGUCGAACUCAGAAGAUGGGAGUGACCAAGUCUGGCCGUCUGAUUACAUGGGAGGCUCCGUCAGUGGGGUCCGGUGAGGCCAGUCUGCCCGGUGUGGUGGAGCAGAUGCAGCCUCAGUUUAUUUCACGUUUCCUUGAGGGUCAGUCUGGAGUCACCAUCAAGUCUGUGUCCUGUGGCGAUCUUUUUACUACCUGCAUGACAGACAGGGGCAUUAUCAUGACAUUUGGAAGUGGAAGCAACGGCUGCCUGGGACACGGUAACUUCAAUGAUGUAACGCAGCCUAAGAUAGUUGAAGCACUCCUCGGCUAUGAGCUGGUUCAGGUAUCGUGUGGUGCUUCCCACGUACUCGCUGUGACCAAUGAAAGAGAAGUAUUUGCUUGGGGAAGAGGAGACAAUGGUCGCCUCGGGCUAGGCACCCAAGACACCCACAACUCUCCACAGCAGGUUUGUUUACCAGUGGAAUUUGAGGCCCAAAAGGUGAUGUGUGGAGUGGACUGCUCCAUGAUUAUCAGCACCCAGUACAGCAUUGUGGCAUGUGGAAGCAACAGAUUCAACAAGCUCGGGCUGGAUAAAAUAACAGCUGGAGAGGAACCAAAUCCCUCAAAUCAGGUGGAAGAAGUCCAUUCUUACACUCCUGUCCAGUCAGCCCCACUCAACAGUGAGAAGAUUGUUCAUAUUGACAUUGGGACAGCCCAUUCUGUUGCUGUUACAGAAAGAGGUCAUUGUUUCACCUUUGGCAGCAACCAGCAUGGUCAGAUGGGUUGUAGUUCCCGUCGUAGCAGCCGAGUGCCGUACCUGGUGCCGGGGCUGCAGGGCAUCACCUUGGCUGCCUGUGGAGAUGCUUUCACCUUAGCUAUUGGAACUGACGGGGAGGUGUAUACCUGGGGGAAGGGGGCCCGCGGCCGCCUCGGUAGAAAGGAGGAGGAUUCUGGGAUACCGAAGGCGGUGCAGCUUGAUGAGAGUCACCCAUUCACGGUGACAUCUGUGGCUUGUUGUCAUGGCAACACUCUGCUGGCAGUGAAACCUUUGCUUGAAGAACCUGUCCCAAGAUGAUUCUGUCCUAAACUCGAACUCACACCCACUCAGUGGUCGUCAUGAAGCUUGGCAGUGGCAUGAGGUGAAGCUUCAUCUGAACAUAACUCCUCCCAGAGGCCCGUCUGUGCUGCAGUUGAAAGAUUCCCUUUCAUGCUGCAGCUGCGGCCUCAGAUUCUCACUUGGUCUUCCUCUCUAUCUAUUUUUUUCCUUCUCUCUCUCUCUCCUGCUCUCCAGGAAUGAAUGUUUGUUUCAUUCAGUGGUUUGAUAUCACGCAGCAAAGCAUAGAAAAGGUCAAACCCUGUGUGUUGCAGCAGGUGUAUCUUACAACAGGUUAGACGAAGGAAUGUUGUAACACAGUUUCUAAAGAUGGAUUACAGGAAGUCAUUAAGCAGCUUUCAUGUGGAGAGCCAUUGUCCUUUCUCACGUGCAGAGUUAGCCUGAUAAAGGCCAGUAAGAGUCAAACUGGUUUGAGCUCUCGUAAGCCACUGGUGAAUGACAAGACUCAGUGCACAGAAAAGAAAAGAAUGAAAGCCACUUGAGUAUUUAGCAACUCAUCAGUCAAAUGAACCAAACGCAAUAGUGUCGAUCACAUCGUCAGCACUCACAUUGUGCUUUAUUGGAUUAGUCCUCCAAUACAUUUGCAACUCAACUGCAGCGUUCAAACCAGAUAAAGAUGUGCUGUUCAGGAUAAAUGACUCACUCGUUCACUCGUUUACUACUCCCUAUACAACAGACACUCAACAGUUAAAUCUGCAGGGAGCAGUAUACAGUAUAUGGACACGUACUGUAUGUAUACAUCAUCAGUGUUUUGCUUAAUCGCUUACAUCUAUUAAAUGUGACAGAUUGCAUUGUUUUGGUUCCAUUUUAGCAAUAUUUGUGGGCAUGAUAUGAAGUAUAAAAUCACACUUGGACACUGUGGACACUCAUAGAAAACAGUGGACAGUAAUUAAGUGCACAAUAUUGUAAAUGAGUGAUUACUGAGAGAGCUACAGUAUGUACUGUAAUGUGUAUUAUAUUUAAAAUGCAAUGCUAUAUGUACUGUGUAAACUGUUGUCCUAGCAUGACUGCCAAACUGGUGUUAGAAGCACUCCGAUAUUUUACUGAGGAAAAGUAGCAGUAACACCCUGUUUCAAGCUAUUCAGUAAUUUACUUAAGUAAAAGUACAUCAGUAUUUAAUCAAAAUAUAAAACUACAAGUGUUCAUUAUCCAGAAUGGCCUAUUUCAGAUUAGAUUAUUUGUAUUAUAAUGAUUGAUGCAUUAAUGUGUAAGCAUCACUAGUGUUACAACUUGUAAACAUGGGGGUAUUUUUUAUAUUUCUUAUAUCCUUGAUUAAAAUAAUACAUCUUAAUGUACUGAUGAUUUUAUUUUUUUAAUACUCUGAAUCUUCAAAGUAACCUGAGCUGCCAAAUAAUGUAAAGCACAGUGUUUGCCUCUGAAAUGUAGCAGAUUUAAAAAAAAAUUAAAAUUGGAAUACUCAAA